GGUUCCACGCGACGCGAGAAUAAAAUAUAUACUUGUAAAUCGUUUAAAACUAGUAACAGAGACAUAAAAGAGUACUCGACAUGGUUGUGUCCGUGAAGGUUUUCAAGAAAGCGACUCCCAACGGCAAGGUUACCUUUUAUUUGGGCCGCCGUGACUUUAUCGACCAUUUGGAUUACUGCGAUCCUGUGGACGGUGUGAUUGUUGUGGAACCGGAAUAUCUCAAGAACCGCAAGGUAUUCGGUCAGCUGGCCACCAUCUAUCGCUAUGGCCGCGAAGAGGACGAGGUCAUGGGCGUCAAGUUCUCAAAGGAGCUCAUACUCUCACGGGAACAGAUUGUGCCCAUGACUAACACCAAUAUGGAGAUGACGCCCAUGCAGGAGAAACUGGUGCGAAAAUUGGGCAACAAUGCGCAUCCAUUCACCUUCCAUUUCCCACCCAACUCGCCCAGCUCGGUUACACUGCAGCAGGAGGGCGACGAUUUGGGCAAGCCCCUCGGUGUGGAGUACACCAUUCGUGCCUAUGUUGCUGACUCGGAGGACGAUCGUCAGCACAAGCGCAGCAUGGUCAGUCUGGUUAUCAAGAAGCUGCAAUAUGCACCUCUGAACCGGGGCCAGCGCUUGCCCAGCUCGCUGGUGAGCAAGGGUUUCACCUUCUCGAACGGUAAGAUCAGCCUGGAAGUUACUUUGGACCGUGAGAUCUACUAUCAUGGCGAGAAAGUGGCUGCCACCGUUCAGGUGUCGAACAACUCGAAGAAAUCGGUUAAGAGCAUCAAGUGUUUCAUUGUGCAACACACCGAGAUCACAAUGGUGAAUGCACAAUUCAGCAAACAUGUGGCACAGCUGGAGACCAAAGAGGGUUGUCCCAUCACACCAGGAGCCAACCUGACAAAGACUUUCUACUUGAUACCCUUGGCGGCCAACAACAAGGAUCGUCAUGGUAUUGCGCUGGACGGUCACUUAAAGGAUGAGGAUGUCAACUUAGCCUCCUCGACCAUGGUCCAGGAGGGCAAGUCCACUGGUGAUGCAUGCGGUAUAGUCAUCUCGUACUCGGUGCGCAUCAAGUUGAAUUGCGGCACACUGGGCGGUGAAAUGCAGACAGAUGUGCCUUUCAAGCUCUUGCAACCAGCACCUGGCACCAUUGAGAAGAAGCGUUCCAAUGCCAUGAAGAAGAUGAAGUCCAUUGAGCAGCAUCGCAAUGUGAAGGGCUACUAUCAGGAUGAUGAUGACAAUAUUGUUUUCGAGGACUUUGCCAAAAUGCGCAUGAACAAUGUCAACAUGGAUGAUUAGACGCGAUCUUUAAACACACACACACACACACACACACUGAUAUGGCCCCGGGUUCAUAAUUUGUUUUAUGUCUCUGUGGGUCCAGCUAACUUCGUCUUGUAGGUAUUGUUAAUGACAAAUUCGAAAUCGAAAGCACUGAAAACUUGUUGCCGCAGUUAUCGAUGUGCCAACGACGCUGAUGUCACAUCUUUGUAUUAUAACCGUAUAUUAUUUACUAUAAUUUCAAAACAAAACAAAAAAACUUUAAACUCAAAUUCAACAAACACACACGCUCUCUCAACCACCUCUCUCUUCAUGUGUUGUAUAAACUUUAGUGGAUCUGGAGUUUAUAGAGUUGAAUAUGUUAAAACAGACCACGGGUCUAUAAAUAAAUGCUAUGACUACUUGUAAACAAAACUUACUGUUCGAAAA